AUGAAAGCUUUUCAAGGAAAAAGCUACUCGAAUGUUGAGGCUUUCGAGCCGGCGAAAUUCCAAGUCGACGCGAUUUGGGACUGUAAUGCGCCAAAAUAUCGUGUCGCUUGCCGUCAGCUUCAUGUCACCAGGGCGACCAAGUUCAUUGGAUACACUCAAUUGGUGGUGAUCACCGCGUUCUCGUUGGUGUUCCUCUACAUGUACAUAUCGGCUAUUAAACUCGAGGAAUCAUCGACCGGUACCAAAGAAGUCGUUGUCAAUUACUAUGCGGCACGCUAUAUAUCGUCGCUCUUGUCGGCACUUACUCUUCAACUCGGAUUGGUUCUCAUGAUGCUUCAUGGCCUUCGCACCGGACGUCGCUCGCUCCUUUUGCCGUACAUCGCGUGCGCUGCGAUUGCCUUAUUCUUGGCGGUCUUCCAGCUCACACUCGAUGUUCUCAAUUUCGUCGAUUCUCGCACGUACGCAUCUGCUGAAAACAGCGCCGCCGACAUCAUAGUCCACUUCAUCGGCAUUCUUGUCCAUGUUUGGUGCAUGCAAGUCGUUUGCAGAUGCUACUCGUUCUUCGGUGACAAGGCGGUCGCGGAGUCGAUUGGCCAACAACUUCAGAAUACCUCGAAUGCGUUCACCGUCGACUUUUCCCACCCGCCGCCAUACACUCGCUUGCCGACUGACAUGCAGCCACUAACUCAAGCCUAA